AUGCAAAACUCAUCUGCUUGCUCGGUGUUGGGUCUACGGUGGUUGAGAGCUUCGCGCUUCCUCGCGAGCGACAAUCAGUCCAGGUGGGGAGGCACAGAGCAGGCUGCCACAAUCAGUUGUCCCUCCUUUGGGCGCUGGCGCACAGUGCCACGAUGCUUGAGCCCCCUCGAGGAGAGCAGGGAGGCAGAGCGAGAACGCAUAUCCUUUGCUUUCCAUGUCUGCGCAUCAAUUGCAUGCAUUGUAUCGGCUGCCUUAGCUGCCGGGCUUACCAUGGGAUUGGUUUCCUUGGAGCCAGUAGAGUUGCAAAUCAUUGAGGCGGCUCGGCUAGACGACUGCACGACGGAGAAGGAGAAGGAGCGACUCCAGAAGCAAAAGGAUGCCGCGAAGCGGAUCUUGCCGUUGCUGAAGGUCUUUGCAUUGCGCGGGCCAAAGUUGCCGCGGCCGCACUGGACUGCGUUCUUCCCAGUUCCGCCUGGCAAUGAGGUGCUGGUACGCCUCCGAACACAGGAAGGACUCGAGGGCUUCGGUCUGGCAAGCAGCUACACAGCAAUAGACCCACUGGUCAAGCCUUGGAAGAAUGGUUUGGCCGAUUUGAUUGUGGGUGAAGAUGCCUUGGCACCUGAGCGCCUGUACCACAAACUCUUCCGGUUGACUGCCAACAAGGUUGCAAGUGAGAAAGGCUGGUCGCGAGAAGCGAUGAUUCGCCUAAGCGCUGCAGUUGAUUUGGCAUGCUGGGAUAUCGUUGGGAAGGCAGCUGGGCUUCCGUUGUACAGGCUAUUUGGAGGAUUCAAAGACGAGGUUGACUGUUAUGCUACAUGCGGGUACUACAGGGAAGGGAAAGAUGAACGCGAGCUUCGCGACGACCUUCAGAUGAUGGUGGAUCAGGGUCACACAGGCUUCAAAGUAAAGAUUGGUGGUUUGCCUCUCCGUGAAGACAUGGAAAGACUCCGUGUCAUCCGCGAAGUGAUUGGCUACGAUAAGGAUCUCAUGGUGGAUGUCAACCGCGCCUGGGAUUUCAAGACGGCUUGUGAAGGCGUGAAGCUGCUGGAGGCCUUCAAGCCGCGCUGGCUUGAGGAACCUGUGGCCUGGGAAGACGAUCGGCGCCUGCUCGGGCUGCUGUCGCGCCGGACAAACAUCCCACUCUCAGGGGGUGAGAGUGAAUUCACGAGCUAUGGCUGCAGGGCGCUUCUGGAAGAGAAGGCCAUCUCGAUUCUGCAGUUCGAUGCGACGAUGUACGGCGGCUUCACAGAGGGGCGCAAGCUUGCGGCCCUCUGCGAGUUGAACCAUGUACAGGUUGCGCCGCACCAUGACUGCUUCAUUCAUGCGCAGCUGGUGGCUUCUACCCCAGCUGGGCUGAUCGUUGAGGCGUUCACAGAUCCUGAGCGAGAUCCGUUGCAAGCGGAGCUUUAUCAGGAUGCCCCGGCGAUACGCAAUGGCAAGAUCAAGCUAGGCUCCGCUGCAGGCAUCGGACUUACGCUGAAUGAAAGAGCCGUGGAGAAAUACGGAGACCACCACUUGCUCCUUGUGACCCUGCUUCUUCUCAAUGCGCUUGCGAAUGAGGCGCUACCCAUUUUCCUGGACGAUCUACUCAGCCCCGUUUUUGCGGUGCUGCUGUCUGUCACUUUUGUGCUGAUUUGCGGCGAGAUCCUUCCAUCCGCAGUUUUCACGGGCCCUGCGCAGUUGACCGUGUCUGCAUCGUUUAUUCCUGUGGUCAAGAUCUUGCUGACGACAAUGUACUGCAUCGCCAAGCCGAUUGCCAGGAUCCUCGACGAGGCCUUGGUCCACAACCGCGAGGAGCGCUUCUCGCGACCAGAGGUCCGCUCUGUUCUGCGCUUGCAUUCGCCAAGCGGGCACCAAGCUGCACGAGAAGCUUAUCGUGAGCGGGAAGGCAGUGCGGAGGGCAGCCCAGGAGGUCAAAGUUGCCUCAGCGGAUCGAGGAGCGCGGCCGAAAAUCAGCUGCUGCCCUCGGAGGACCCACCGCAGCCACCGAGUGUUCUGAACGACUUGGAGGUUGACUUAUGCAUGGCGGUGCUCAUGCUUGGAGAUACUUUGGUCGCCGAUAGUCCGGCCUUCUACACCUUGAAGCGAUGUGCAAGGAGAGUGAUGCCAGCUGACUUCUACAGUCCUGCAAUUUCUGUGGCUGCUGAUGCAGUAUCUUCAAACAAGGACUUCGUCGUGGUUUUUCCGAACAUUGAUCAUGUUGAAUGGCCGGUAGAGGUGACUUGGGAGGAAAUCGUGGGGAUUCUGCGAACUUCCGAGCUCUUGGCGACCCAAUCCUGCACGCCGAUUGGCUCGCUCUGCAAGCGCAAGCAGCGGCCAGCUCGUAUAGAGGCUCACGAGACAGCCGCGGAUGCGCUUGCCCACAUUGCUGAUGCUUGCGACUCGCCAUGUGGUAUCGGGGUGGUUCACCGCAAUGAUGAUUUCUUCGGUAUUUUCGAUGGCGAGGAUGCCCUGUGUGGUGCCAUUGCUGAGCAAGAAGAGUUUGCCGUACCGUGCACACCUAGUGACCGACUGUCACGCCAAAGACGUGAGGCAGGGUUGGGCAUUGUCCAAAGCCGCAGCGAUGCAUCGCCUUCCUCUUCGACAGGGAGCCCGGCUCGCGAAACAAUCCCGGAGAGUGCCCAUCUGACCGGGCGGACUCUUGGGGAAAUCGCUUCAAUGGCACUGGAGCCGGUAGACGAAAAGGAGGUGCGAGAUCGCUUUCACACGGAUCCUCAGCCAGAUGUGGCGCGAGGAAUCUCGCUGCCACUACCCUCACGAUCAACAUCAAGUACCAUAGAUGUGGUCAAGUCUAUGUCGUACAGUGUCGGAAGUCCUGCUGCGCCCAGGGAGCUUGAAGAGAAUCAGAGGCAAAUGUCUCCGGGAGACAUCGCGCCUGGCCCGCCCAAGACACCGCCGGAGCGCUCCCGGCCGAGGCCUGCACACCUGUGGUCGGAGCUGGAGCUGACGGCUCUCCAAGCCCUGUCGGAGGGAACCGAGGUGCCGGAGGGAACCCCGAACCCGCUGCCGGACCUCGUACCCGACACAGCGCAGGAGGAGAGAGACCUAGAAGAAAUCUCACUCGGUUCACGGCCCAGCCAAGGGCCGUUUAGUGGCCAGGAGUAG